AUGCGUAGAACAACUCCAAGUGCGGCCGAUACACCGUUAUUGAGAGUCUCGAGGCCGGUUUCCGCGUGUUCAAGAUGUCGCUCCGCUAAGAUCAAGUGCGAUGGAAAGCUACCUGCCUGUACUGCUUGUGAAAAGUCUGGACGAGCCGGCGAGUGCUCAAGUGCUAACGAUCAAUUUGCUAAGGGUAAAGAGCGAAGUUAUGUCGCCUCCCUGGAAUCCCGUGUGGAAAAGCUGGAAAAGAGAAUCGCAUACGCAAGGUCUCGUAAGGCCUCCGUUGCCAUGCACGAUGUGGAUGCACCUAUUGAGAUACCGGACCGAAAAGACUCUUUAGCAACAAUCAGAGCUGCUAUACACGGUAAAGCUGCUCGAAGAAGAGAGGCAGCCGAUGUUAAUGAGCUUGUUUCCGAUUUUGGAUUUCUUUCAGUCAACGCCACGACUCGAGACUUUGAAUCUUCGACGACCAAUAUGACUUUUGGGCGGCUGAUUCUAGCCGCUACCAAUCUCGAGGUGGUGCCACACCCUGAACCAUUCUCACUACCGUCCAGGCCAGCCGCUAUGGGAUUAAUUCAAUAUUAUUUAGAUAAUGUUUUCUCAAUAUUUCCUGUCUUUUCAGAAACAGCGUUACUCAACGCUCUUGAUGCCAUUUAUCAGGAAAAUGGGCGACCUGUGACUGAUUUCGAACACUGGCUGUUCUAUAUGGUUCUGGCGAUCGCCUGCACAGGACAAUCUCGAAGUAACCGUGAUGCUAGCUACAUGGAAGCCAUCACUUGGGUUAGUCGAGCAUUGCAAUACGCCGACAAGGUGCUGAUCCCUGGCUAUGUUUCCCAAAUACAAGCUUUGGUUCUACUGGUCCAAUACUCAAUGUUGGAUCCAGCUCAUUUUGAUAGUUGGCAGCUUAUUGGAUUUGCUUGCCGUGCCGUUGUAGAUCUGGGCUUCCACCAAGACCCACCAAGAGAGCAACAGACAGAUAAAAAGACGUUAGAUAUGCGGCGAAGAGUGUACUAUUGCGUAUACUCUCUUGAUAGAUCUAUUAGCAUGGUCCACGCGCGAGCGUUCUCGUUUACCGACGAUUCUACCAGUGUGGAUUUUCCUUCCUGGGCACCUGCGUCAGGCGGAGUUUCACUGGCAGGUCAACAUUCUUUAGAGCCCGCCGGUCUCUUGUUUCAGUUGCGAACAGUGCAAUCAAGCUGGUACCAGGAACUCUUCCAAUCUAGCCGCGUUCCUCUCCAGAACCCAGUACAAUACCUGUGGCAGACUUGCCAGGAAAUGCGUGAUUGGUCCGAGUCGUUUCCAGAUAGUCUCCCUCUGGCUUUCAAGGAUUACUUUGAUCUGGAAUUGCUAUACAGCUACGUAUACUGUCUCGCACCGUCUUGCCGAAUUCAGACGACCACCCAAUAUGGGAGGACUUUAAUAUUUGAGUACAGCAUUGCAUACAUGCAAAAAAUCUUUCCAAUCAGCAAGGACCCAAUAAAUAUUGCGUUUUACACGUACCACGAUGCUUUAAGGGUUUACUUUGUUGGAAGCCAAUUCCUUGCAGUCCUGAUUGAAGAUACGGAUCAACUCCUCAACGGGGUGCUUCCUUAUAAUCCAACGGUAGUCGGCUCUCCUCCACCACCUCCACUACCGAUAAAUACUGGGGUAGACAGUAUUGAUAGAAGCAUAAACUGCAUAACGCACAUCAAAGAGACUCUCAGAACCUUUGGUCAGCGUUGGAACAACUCGAAAGCUCUACUAUCGAGCUUUGAAGCACAAUCAGAGCCAAUGGUGUUGGAACUGCACCAAAGAAGACGUCGAAUCAAUGACAUGACACGGCCAAGUCAUAGUCCUCCACAGUUCCUGCAGCAGCCGAGCUUUGAACAUAUCCGUACGCUAUCUGCUGAGGACUGGGCUCAAUCCGGGAGGUCCUUUGCCAACAACGGCAUGCCAGGUGGGCAAGGACGAGGAGGGCUUUAG